AUGGCAGACCCGGCGCAGGCGGUACUGUUGGCGCCGGAGAGCGACACUCUCACGCCCCUGCCGGGGGUCCUUCGCUCAGGGCUGAAGGCCGUUGCUGUACUAGCCGCCAUUUCUUUCAUCUCUUCGGCCCUCGUCUUCUCUUAUCUCACCUUUAAACUUGUCCGAUGGCACUUCAGAUCAACAAACGGGGCAGGCAGUGGCGAACCACAGACGGUCGACCUGGCCCUGGGGCUUGCGGAGCGGCACUUUGGGGGUGGUGACUCUAGGCUCGAACGGCGAAGCACAGACAGGAGGAAACGCGGCUCGCCAAAUCAGUUCCUCGUCCUCGUCUACAACCUUCUCCUUUCGGACAUGCACCAGGCCUCCUCCUUCUUACUCAGUGCCUCCUGGCUCACUGCGGAUAGUAUCCAGGUCGGGACAGCAACCUGUGCUGCCCAGGCCUGGUUGGUCUCGACGGGGGAUUUGGCCUCGGGCGGGUUCAUCUCUGCUAUCGCCGUGCAUACGUAUCUCAUAGUUGUGUGGGGAUACAAACCGCCGCAGUGGGCACUUUACCUCGCCAUUGUUGUUAUAUGGGUCUUCGUCUACAUUAUUUCUGCUGCCGGCAUCAUCGCAACGAAGAACGGCCGCAGCGCUGGAGGCUUCUAUGUUCGGGCCGGUGCUUGGUGCUGGGUCAAUAUCGAAUACGAGACGAUCCGGCUCCUCACGCAUUAUCUCUUCAUCUUCAUCUCCCUUGCUAUAACGACCAUACUUUACACCCUUGUCUUUAUAUCUCUACGCCGUAGUCAGAAACAUCCACCCUCUCGGCGUCCUGCCGCUCAACCUCCUCCCGCGCAGCCACCGCUGCGAAGCAAAUCGCUGGGAUCCAAGACGAGCGUCGACCUGAGCGUCGCAGCGCGCUCUGUGGGUGCCAACCCACCCGCGAGUGGCGACAGCGCCUUGGCACACAGCGGCGGCUAUCACCCUGUUUUUCUGAUCUAUCCGGUCAUCUACUUUGUGUGCACGGCUCCCCUGGCUUUCGGUCGUAUCGCGACAAUGACAGGUGCCAAGAUACCGGUGGGUUACUUCUGCGCGGCGGGUGCUCUCAUCACCAGCAACGGCUGGCUGGAUGUGCUGCUGUGGGGCAUUACGAGACGAUCGCUCCUCUUCAGCGCUGAAAUCGACACCGAAGACUCGGGCCUCUCGACGUUUGCCUUCAUGAGGACCCCCCACGAACGGAAGUACGGGAACAUGGUCUGGGUUGAGGGGGCUGGCGGCCGCGACGGCGCGGCGGCCGAUGAGCCAAAGGACCGCUGGACGCUCGGCUGGGCGAGAAAGUGGAUGGGCUGGAGGCGCCUGGGAUUCGGCGGCGGGGAUCACCGCCGCCGGAGCCGCAACCGGAGCGGCACCCUCGGCCUCGCGCGCAGGCGAUCCGAUACACACGGCAGCCAGCAGUCGCUUAGGGGCCCGGCAGGGAUCAGCGACAUGGCGAUCCAGAUGGACAUGGUCACAACGGUGGUUGUCGAGGUUGACAACGGUCGGCAGAAACAGACGACGCCAUACGGAGAGACGUCUACAUAUUCGAUAUAUAUUUACAAAGAUGUUGAUCGACUGUGGCGCCUCUUUCGCAUUGAAAUCCUAUUGACGGCAUUCGCGGCUCUUCUAACACUCCGACUUUACUUCUAUUGGACUGAAGGGAAUGAGCAAUUGGUAUUUCUGCCAAAGGCCUACGGAUCCGAGGUAAAGGAUCUCCUGAAGGCUGAGGCUGUGAGCAAAAUUAGCCAGGAGGUCAAAGUCGACAAUUCUACAAAGACUAAAGCGCCUCGCCGGAUCAAGGGGGAGCGGGCUAAGGAUAGUCCUGACAUCAAAGCAGACCAGACUGGAAACAGGGAAAUACAAGUGCUUGUCUUCUUCUCUUCCAUCACAGGGAAUACAACCAAGCUCGCAAGGGACUAUGGGCGCCGCUUGGAAGGAUCCCUGAGGGCAUAUGUCAAGGGUACCGAAUCCCUGUUCCUCAGCCCGCAGGUCUUGGAUCUGUCUGAAGUGGACUAUGACGAAUACUUUACCAACCCACCCAAGAUUCAGGGCAGAGGAGGCAGGCCCGCAGACCUCUUUUAUGUGUUCCUUGUCCCGAGCUACAACAUCGAUACAAUCAACGACAACCUUCUGGAGCACUUGAAGGACACCCACCAUGAUUUCCGGAUCGAUACUUGCCCCCUGUCGACUCUUUUGGGCUACUCAGUUUUUGGAUUUGGCGAUAGGGAAGGUUGGCCUACGGAAGACGACGGUUUCUGCUUCCAAGCCAAGGAGGUCGAUAAAUGGAUGGCAAAACUGACCGGUCGGAAGAGGGCCUAUCCGUUAGGAAUGGGUGAUUUGAAAACUGACGGGCUCAGGAGACUCGAAGAAUGGAAUCAGGGGUUGACUGAAGUCCUCGACUUCGUGGUUGAAACCGGAAGUCUUGGAGACGGAGUUGCCGGAUCAGGUGACGCCGUUGAGAGUGACGAUGAAGGGGAUGUUGAUGAUGACGACGGAGAGGUAGCCAUGGAAGAUUCUCCGAAUGUACAAAGUUCGAGGAAGUCGAAGAAGCAGGACGACAUCGAGGACGUUGAAGACCUUGGCCGUAUUAUCCAGACCUCGCAAGGUUCGGAAGCCAACGACACCCAGGUCCAGGCUGGUGCGCCCAUCGCCGUUGACUUCACCACGUACGGGAAGAGACCGUCUAAGAAGCUAACGGCUGUAGCCGCUAAGGAGAUGGUGCCAAAAAACUCGCCGACCUACAACGCCCUGACCAAGCAAGGCUACUCGAUUGUGGGCUCUCACUCAGGGGUUAAAAUCUGCCGCUGGACAAAGUCAGCCCUCCGCGGUCGAGGUUCGUGCUACAAGUUUUCCUUCUAUGGGAUCAACUCGCACCAGUGCAUGGAGACCACGCCGUCCCUGUCAUGCUCGAACAAGUGCGUCUUCUGCUGGCGGCACGGGACCAACCCCGUCGGCACGUCCUGGCGAUGGGUAGUUGACCCGCCGCAGCUGAUCUUCGACGGCGUGCGGGAGAACCACUACAAGAAGAUCCGGAUGAUGCGCGGCGUCCCCGGCGUGCGGGCCGAGCGGUUCGCCGAGGCGAUGCGCAUCCGGCACUGCGCGCUGUCGCUGGUGGGUGAGCCCAUCUUCUACCCGCACAUCAACGAGUUCCUCGGGAUGCUGCACGGCGACCGCAUCAGCUCGUUCCUGGUCUGCAACGCGCAGCACCCGGACCAGCUCGCCGCGCUGGGCCACGUCACGCAGCUGUACGUCAGCAUCGACGCCUCCAACAAGGAGUCGCUCCGCAAGAUCGACCGGCCGCUGCACCGCGACUUCUGGGAGCGCUUCCUGCGCUGCAUGGACAUACUGAGGGAGCGGCGCUUCAUGCAGCGGACCGUCUUCCGGCUCACGCUGGUCAAGGGCUUCAACAUCGAGGACGAGGCCGAGGGGUACGCCGACCUGGUCGAGAGGGGCCUCCCCUGCUUCGUCGAGGUCAAGGGGGUGACGUACUGCGGGACCUCGACCUCGGCGGGCGCGGGGCUGACCAUGUCCAACGUGCCCUUCUACGCCGAGGUGUGCGACUUUGUGGCGGCGCUGGAGAAGGCGCUCCGCCGGCGGGGGCUGGCCUACGGCAUCGCCGCCGAGCACGCCCACAGCUGCUGCAUCCUGAUCGCGAGCGAGAGGUUCAGGGUCGCCGGGAAGUGGCACACCCUGAUCGACUACGACAGGUUCUUCGAGCUGCUCGAGGAAAAGGGCGCGCACGGGGACUUCUCGCCCGAGGACUACAUGGGCCCCGAGACCCCCGAGUGGGCGACUUGGGGGAGAGGGGGGUUCGACCCGAGGGAUCAGAGGGUGGACAGGAAAGGCAGGCCUAUUGAGAUCUAG